GCCACCGCUAGAAUGUGGAAUGAACGGUCGGGGUCCCGCUUACUGCGAACCGCAGAUGUGGCCACAUUAUCAGCAGAUGGGUGCUAUGGGUGGCGGCGGUUGGAGUGGCGCGAACGCAGCCAAUGGGUGGGCUCCGCGCAAUGCGUGCUCGCGUGACCACAUGCGGUAUCCUCCUGAAUGUCGCCCGAUGAAGAGUACUCAUUUGCAUAGUCAGAGUCAGGCUUGUCAACAAGAUGGGAGAUCCACGCCUUAUCCUGUUUAUGAAGAUUCGCAUUACAAUGGAGAGGGUGGGGCAAGGCAAAGAAAUACCCCCGAAUUCACGCCGGCUGUAACACAGAGUGAAGCAAGUCGCACUCCUCGAGAGCGUUUUCCUGUCGAGCCACGUCGCUCUCCUCCCGAAGAGAAGCGGCCGCCGCCAGUAGUUCCGCUGCCAGCUUUCCAACAAGCAUUUGGGUCCACAGAAAUCGGGAAAUUUGCCGAGGCGUUUAGUCGGACGGAGAUCGCAGUCGACGAUACUCCUGCCGACAAUUUUAUGUACGAGUCGUUUCCCGAGUGGGACGGAUCUGUCGAGCCUCAAUGGUCCUCCCAACCCGCGGCGCAGCCCACUACGCGGGAAAUCAAAUGCGAAGACAACUUUUAAGUUGUCUUUGCCCUAGUACUAAUUUGUAGGCAAAUUUGCCUUUUAGUUAAAUUAGACAAAUUGUAGUUCCACCACCAAGUUGCCAAAAUGAGUAGAAUUGAGAUGAGGAGUUGAAUGUCAUAGGACUAUUAUGAUGUGAUGUCAAAAUUACUGAAGAUUACGAAAAUUUAAACGACGGGAUAAAAAUAGUGGUGUGACUUUUAAUUCAAUAUAUAAAGUAGAAUAAUUAGUUAAUCCCUUUAACUAGUUUUAGGCCGAUCUUGAAGAAAUGAGAAAUAUUAUAACGAGGAAGUGGGAAGGUUAGGUACUGCAUAUAGGAUAACAAAUGAAUCAUGACUCAAUGUGCCUUUAUUCGGAGAGCCCGGCCGCUACUCGCGCGGUGUCGUCCGCCCCAUUCUGCGUUGCUAUGUACGACAUAACAUUACAAUAGCAAUUAUAGGGACCAACGUUUAGACAAAUAUACACGACCCGGUCGCGUGCACACACCAUGCGCAAUAAGCUCAACGAAAUACUUUAUGAAUGUUCUGGGAUUUUAAGGAAAAUUAUAACAACAUUAACUUAAAUAAAAUAAAUAAUAAAAACAAAUUAGUAGCUUGUAAUUAACUAAUAAAAUUAAAUUAAAUCUUGAUCUUUCAAAACUAACUGUUCCCUUUAAUCAAUAUGCUUUCUAAUGCUACCUAUAUAAUUUUUUAUUAGAUACAUAAUAUAAAACUUCUUAAACUAAACUCAAAAUAAGACAUUUUAUAUGUAUAAUUUCAUACCUAUUUCUGUUAGUUAUAUACCUAAUUGUAAUAAUUAUUAUAACAAAUAAAUAACGAUUGUUGAAAAUAUUUGAGGGGCUACAAGACGCCGCGCGGUCUUAUUAUAAACAUUCAAAAUUUUUCAGAAAGUAAUGAAACAAGUCAUGUGUGUAGGUAUAAAUAGGUAGUUAAAUUUGAUAAAAAUUUUAAAGAGAUUACUUAUGAAUAAAAUGGCUUUUUAAUUGAAUAUUUAGGGGUCCAACAACGUUGAUGUAAAGUGUUUGUCGUGAUUUUAAUUUCCCAUUUAGAAUCACAAAUACGACAGCAAUAUAUCGCGUAGAUAUACUGGUAGUCAGUCAUCGAUUACCUAGUACCUAGCUGAAUUGAUGUUACAACAAUUUGUCUGUUGUUAUGUUUAGUUAGGUAUAUCAACUUGAAUGGUUGCUUGGUGACAAAGAACUAAUGUCGUUUCUCGUUAAGAAACUGAAUAUUUAUUGUAUGAGUUUUGUAAAUGAUUAGUGUCUGUGAUAGAGUUGUUUGUGUAUGUAUAUGUUUUAAUAUAGGUUGCUAUGUAAAUUAUGUCCUACAAAUUAAAAUUUGGUAUUUACGUUAACAUUGUCAUUAAUUAGAUGUUAAACUGUCCACUUACAGACGAUUUUUAUUUAUCGUUGUCGAGUUUUCGUGAUCGCUUAUGAGAAAGCUGCGUUUAAGAACAGAGAAACCCAAACAUUCCGAAUUAUUUCAUAGACCUUUUGAUUCCACAACGAAUUCAACUGUUAUUGUGUUAACAGGACACGUGACUACGUUUGUAUAGCACCUGUCGAAUUUGUUGUUCGGUACAUCUGUUUGAUUGUCAGCGGAAGCUAAAGUUGAUGUUAGUUACUUUGUUUCGAGCUUAUUACUUAAAUAAAUUUAUCUUAUAAUGUGCGGUGCAUGGAUAACAGUAACUUCCAGUGGUCUUCAUUUUUAUAGAGGAAACUUGUGUGACAGUAUUUUCGGUCCUUUUCGAUUAAAAAAAAAACAGCAAAAUUAAUGGAGUGCCUUACGUAUUUAAUAUGAUAUGAAAUUAGGAUGGAUGAAUUUUAUUCUAGCAUAAUUUGAUGAAACACCAUAAUAAAAUAUAAUAGCGUAAUGAAACUUCUUUUAAAUCGAGUAUUUCAUUAAUUAUUAGAUAUUGUAAUGAACUUAAUAAGAGUUAUUUAAUGAUUAUCUUUAUAUAUAAAUAUAAAUAUCUAUUUAAAAUAAUCGUGGUGUGCACUAAAUUAUUUUAUUGCAAAGUUUAUUGUUUUAAAUAUUGUUUUGUUAUUUUCUUAGUAGAAAGGAACGAAGUAUGAUUUUAGUACCUAGUGUUUAUUAUUAAGAUUAAAAAUAAACUUAUUCCAAUUGUAUUUAUUUAGUUAUAGUGUGAUCAAUUUAGGUACGACUUUAUGUAACUAGUGUGUACACCAUUUCUUCCGAUUUCGAGUUUUUUAGAAGGUGCGUUUACUUUCAUACAUAAUAUAUUAUUGCAAGGCUUACAUUUAAAGAGGAAUAUAGCAAAUAUAAGCAAACGCUGAACAGUUUUAUCUUGAAUAAGGGGUUCAUUAUUAUUUUGACGAUUGGUA